AUGAUGUGUGAGGUGAUGCCAACCAUCAGUGAGGCAGAGAUUCCCUCUGGGGGAAAUGGAGGCCAUGGUUCAGGUUCCCCGUUACAGUCAGAUGCUGAUUCCCAUUUUGAGCAGUUAAUGGUAUCCAUGUUGGAAGAAAGGGAUCGCCUUCUGGAAACACUAAGAGAAACUCAGGAGACGCUAGCGUUGACCCAGGGCAAGCUACAUGAAGUUGGUCAUGAGAGAGAUUCCUUGCAGAGACAGCUCAAUACUGCACUUCCACAGGAAUUUGCAGCGCUUACGAAAGAGCUAAAUGUAUGCAGGGAGCAGCUGCUUGAAAGGGAAGAAGAAAUCGCUGAACUGAAAGCAGAAAGAAAUAAUACGAGGCUAUUACUGGAACAUUUGGAGUGUCUCGUCUCCAGGCAUGAGCGAUCUCUCAGAAUGACUGUUGUAAAGAGACAAGCUCAAUCUCCAGCAGGAGUUUCUAGUGAAGUAGAAGUUCUCAAAGCACUAAAAUCUUUAUUUGAACACCAUAAAGCCCUUGAUGAAAAGGUAAGGGAGAGGUUACGAGUAGCACUUGAAAGAUGUAGCUUAUUGGAAGAGGAACUAGGUACUACACAUAAAGAGUUAAUGAUUCUGAAAGAGCAAAAUAAUCAGAAGAAAACACUUCCAGAUGGAAUGCUGGAUAUAAAUCAUGAACAAGAAAAUACACCAACUACAAAUGGGAAGCGAUCCUCUGAUGGUUCAUUAUGCCAUGAUGAAAACCUUGCUAAAGUGAUUGAACUCCAAGAUGUUAUAGAUAAGCAAAACAAAGAGCAGGCACAAAUGAAAGAGCGUCUUACUGCCUUGUCUAGCAGAGUAACAGAGCUGGAAGAAGAUCUUGACACAGCUAGGAAAGACUUAAUAAAGUCCGAAGAAAUGAAUACAAAGUUACAGAGAGAUGUACGAGAGACUAUGGCCCAAAAGGAAGACAUGGAAGAGAGAAUUACAACUCUUGAGAAACGCUACCUCGCUGCACAACGUGAAGCUACAUCUGUGCAUGACCUCAAUGAUAAACUUGAAAAUGAAAUUGCCACUAAAGACUCCAUGCAUCGACAGAGUGAAGAUAAGAAUAGGCAAUUGCAAGAACGACUGGAACUAGCUGAGCAAAAGCUGCAGCAGACUUUGAGGAAAGCUGAAACUUUGCCGGAGGUGGAAGCAGAGCUGGCGCAGAGGGUUGCAGCACUUUCAAAGGCUGAGGAGAGACAUGGCAAUAUAGAAGAAAGGCUGAGACAGAUGGAAGCACAGCUAGAAGAAAAGAAUCAAGAACUGCAAAGGGCUAGACAGAGAGAGAAGAUGAAUGAAGAGCAUAAUAAACGUUUGUCAGAAACUGUUGAUAAGCUUCUGUCUGAAUCUAAUGAACGGCUUCAGCUUCAUCUCAAGGAAAGGAUGGCUGCCUUGGAAGAUAAGAAUUCACUUCUUCGAGAAAUUGAAAAUGCGAAAAAGCAAAUAGAGGAACUUCAGCAUGAAAAGGAUCAACUUGUAUUAAAUGUUGAAGCAUUAAGGGCUGAAAAUGACCAAGUGAGACUCAGAGCCACAUCCCUUCAUCAUAGCCGACCAGAUUUCAGAUACCCAAUGACAUCUUCAUCUGUGGCUGACAGUCAUACAGACUCCUAUGGCACCUCAUCAGUGUUAAGGCGUCCCCAGAAAGGGCGUUUGGCAGCUCUCAGAGAUGAACCUUCAAAGGUUCAAACUCUGAAUGAGCAGGAGUGGGAGCGAGCCCAGCAAGCAAGCGUGUUGGCAAACGUGGCACAAGCGUUUGAAAGUGAUGUUGAUGUGUCUGAUGUUGAGGAUGACAGGGAGACUAUUUUCAGUUCAGUUGAUCUGCUCUCACCAAGCGGUCAGGCUGAUGCUCAGACUUUGGCCAUGAUGCUUCAAGAACAGUUGGAUGCAAUCAACAAAGAGAUUAGACUUAUACAAGAAGAAAAGGAAAACACAGAGCAGCGUGCAGAGGAGAUUGAAAGCAGAGUGGGUAGUGGAAGUUUGGAUGCCCAUGGCCGAUUCCGGUCCAUGAGCUCCAUUCCUCCUCCCUAUGCAAGUGGUUCACUUGCUGGUUCUUCCCCGCCUGGCAGUGGCCGCUCCACCCCAAGGCGGAUUCCACAUAGCCCAGCUCGGGAAGUGGACAGACUAGGUAUCAUGACGCUGUCUCCAGCUUCCAGAGAAGAGGUACGAGAUGAUAAAACCACAAUAAAAUGUGAGACAUCACCACCUUCUUCACCUCGAUCUUUGCGUUUGGACAGAGUCCAAAAAGGAGCUUUGCAUACAGUGAGCCAUGAAGAUAUCAGGGACAUUAGAAACUCGACAGGCUCGCAAGACGGGCAAACAAGUAAUCCUAGCAGCAGUAAUAGUAGCCAAGAUUCCCUUCAUAAAGCCCCCAAAAAGAAGGGGAUCAAAUCAUCUAUUGGCCGCUUGUUUGGCAAGAAGGAAAAGGGACGACCUGGACAAACAAGCAAGGAAGCAUUAGGACAAGUUGGCAUAGGAGAAGCAGAUAGCUCCUCUCAGGAUGCAUUAGGUCUCAGCAAGCUUGGCGGUCAGGCAGAAAAAAACAGGAAAAUGCAGAAAAAGCAUGAGUUGCUUGAGGAAGCCAGAAGACAAGGUUUGCCUUUCGCGCAGUGGGAUGGGCCGACUGUGGUUGUGUGGUUGGAGCUGUGGGUUGGGAUGCCAGCCUGGUAUGUGGCUGCUUGCCGAGCAAAUGUGAAAAGCGGUGCUAUCAUGUCAGCCUUGUCUGAUACAGAAAUACAGCGUGAAAUUGGGAUUAGUAAUCCCCUGCACAGACUGAAGCUGAGGCUGGCCAUUCAAGAAAUCAUGUCGCUAACAAGUCCAUCUGCCCCUCCCACCUCGAGGACGACAUUAGCGUAUGGUGACAUGAACCAUGAGUGGAUUGGCAAUGAAUGGCUCCCAAGUCUGGGGCUCCCUCAGUAUCGCAGCUAUUUCAUGGAAUGUCUUGUUGAUGCUCGAAUGCUGGAUCAUUUAACUAAAAAAGAUCUGCGUGGGCAACUUAAAAUGGUGGACAGCUUUCACAGAAACAGUUUUCAGUGUGGAAUUAUGUGCCUACGAAGACUGAAUUAUGAUCGAAAAGAACUUGAAAGAAAAAGAGAAGAAAGCCAGAAUGAAAUUAAGGAUGUCCUUGUAUGGAGCAAUGAAAGAAUGAUCCAUUGGGUAGUCUCCAUUGGUCUUAAGGAAUACGCGAAUAACCUUCUAGAGAGCGGAGUUCAUGGUGCACUUGUGGCCUUAGAUGAAUCAUUUGAUUACAAUGCAUUAGCUCUCUUAUUACAAAUACCCACUCAAAACACACAGGCUCGUGCUGUUCUGGAGAGGGAAUUUAAUAACCUUCUUGCUAUGGGCACUGACAGAAGACUUGAUGAAGAUGAUGAUAAGAGCUUUAGGAGAGCACCUUCAUGGAGAAAGAAGUUUAGACCAAAGGACAUAAGAGGUUUAGCUGCUGGAUCAGCAGAGACUCUUCCUGCAAAUUUCAGAGUGACAACCUCAAUGUCUUCACCCUCUAUGCAGCCAAAGAAGAUGCAGAUUGAUGUUUACCCACACUAUUUCUACCGGUGAUAUGCAGCAUUUUGAACAUUUGGAAUCCUUAACCUGUUAAUACUUGUUAAAUGGACACUUUGAGAUAUUUUAUUACAGAGUUUUUAAUUAGCAAAUAAAUUCAUGAGUACUAUAGAGAAAAUAUUUUAGAAUCUAAAUGUUUCUUAUAUUUAUGUGACUUCUCAUUUAUAUAGUUACUUACUUUUUUCUGUUUCUAUUCAGUCUACAAAUAAAAUCAUUGCUGAUUUUUUUAUUCUAAUUUUAGUCUUUCCAACUGAAUGUACUGUAAUGCCUGUAUGUAUAUGUCCCUAUAAAUAAUAUAGGGUUUUUGUAAAUUAUGCAGUUACUGUAAUUAUCAUUGUUUUUUAAUAAUGAAACUGAAGGUGAAAAGGAUUUUAAUACCUUUGUAAAAGUAUCACGACACCAAGCAGUAUAUAUUUUGUCUUUUGGAAAUGUUAGCUUAGAUCUGAAAACAAGUCCAGCUUCUUUUCAGGUAAGCAUUUGUUGUUGUAGAAGGUAUGGUACACGAUUGUUCUUCUUUUUGGAACUGUACCUUUCCACAAAGAGGAUUUGUCAAAUAGUGGGAAUUUGUCUUUAUUUAAAAUAGAACUUGUUUGAAAAGCUGGGAAGAACUAUAACACUAUGAAACACGUUUUAGAAGUGAUUGACUCAGUCAUAACACUCUGCUGUAUUUGUAUAGUGUAUCUUCACAGUGACUGAAAACAAGCCAUAAACCCAAGAACUGUUUGUAUUUUUUUUCUUUAACUGAGGAAGAUAGACUUCAUAAUAAUUCCUGGUCGUAAUCCACAGGCCACAGAGAGGUUUUUUUUGUCCUAGAUCUUUUAGAUUGAAAAUUUUUGUGGCAAGAUGCUGGUGAAACCAGUUUUACUGGACCAAUCACGAAGCACUGCAGUCUUAUGUCCAAUGAGUAGUGAACGAUGAAGGUACAAGGGGCUGAAAACUAAAGCAGUGCAACUCCUAAUAAAGGCCUUACUUUUCUUAUGUAAGUCAUCUUUUGUGUUCUGUACACUUGUUCUAAAGAGUUGUCUGGACUUUAAUUGGAUGGUUGUAGCCAUUUUGGACUGUAUGAGUAGAAGAUGUAUCCCAUGCUGGUAUAGAAAAUGGCAGUAAAUGGCGCAUUAAAAAGCCAGCAAGAAUCUAUUCGGAUGGUGCAUUAUUUAUUAUGCAACGAUAUAUAUAGCAUGUCUUUUUUCUUAUAUUGUUUUCCACUUUUAACUUGCUUGUAAAACUGAAAUUCAUUGUCACUGUUCUGUUUUUUCUAUUAAUCUUUUGUGUAUUUUCAGAUUAUGUAACAAUAUGUACAGUCUACUUUUGAACUAUUUUUAUCACAGUAUUAUUUAUUGCUUUCUUUCAGUAAAGUACUGAUGCAUUUUUCCACUGCCAAUAAAACACUAUUGAAAAGCUAAGAUCUAAUUGUAUGCAGGCAGAUACUUUUGUGGUGAGUGGCUAAUGUCAAUAAAGCAUCUUCAUGAUUGUUUGCUGCCCUGUAGAUCUUGUGUCAAAUGAUGACUUUUCUCCAGUAGACAAAUGUUCCGUUAAAUGUGACAUUUUCUUUGGAACUGUUCAAGUUCACGUGAGUUAAUCACUUUUUGAAAACCAGUUUUCAGACGAAAACUGCUUUAUUGCCUUUUAUUGCUCAUAGUUAGAGCUGUGAUUUACUUUUAAAAAUAGUCACAAAAACUAUCACGCAACUUCAGUGGAUUCUGAUCCUUGUGAUGAAGAUUGAAGUGCUGUUCUAUGGAGCAGCAACAGUUGCUUUGUUAAUAAAAUGAGGUUAUGACCAUUUUAAUAUUUGGGG